AUGGCAAGAAUCUUUCUUACUGGCGCUACAGGCCUCAUAGGCGGAGAUUUGCUCUUCGCGCUAUCAAAGGCGCAUCCCGAAUACCAUGUUUCGGCUCUAGUCAGAGACGCAACAAAGGGACAGAAACUUGUCCAGGAGUAUCCCAAUGCUCGUCCGGUCAUCGGUGAUCUCGAUUCCGCCGAUGUGCUUCGUUCGGAGGCGGCGCAAGCAGAUGUUACGAUUCAAGUAGCGGUGUCCAGUCACAUCAAUGCCGCCAAAGCGAUUGCGCAAGGCAUCCAAAGCCGGGAAAAGCCAGGCUACUUUAUCCAAAUCUCUGGGGCCAGCGCUCUGGCAGCUGCAGAGAUCAAGUCCAAAAUCUUUGGCGAAGCAACCGAAGAGGUGUACGACGACUUUGAAGGCGUCGAUAAGGUCCUGAAUGUCAUUCAGGGUAACCCUAACCGGGUUGUCGACAACUUCGUUCUUGGCCUGAACAAGACGAUUUCCAAUGCGAGGACGGCCCUUAUUUUUGGCCCAAUUAUCUAUGGCCAAGGCAGAGGCCCAUUCAAUCAGCGCAGUAUCCAAGUGCCUGAAACUGCGAGGGUUACGCUGCAACAGGGUUACGGAUUCCAGAUCAACAAGGGUCUGAACAGGUGGCAUACGGUCAAUGUCCGAGAUUUGAGCAACCUGUUUGUGCUGUUGAUUGAGAAUGCGCUGGCCGGCCAACCCGACGAAAAGAUCUGGAACCAAGGCGGCAUUUAUUUCCCAGGAAACGGAGAAAUCGCUUUUGGUGAAAUUUCUCGGCGCGUGGCUCAGUCCGCCCAUGAACAGGGCUUUAUUAAGACCGUUGAUGUCGAGUCAGUUGAUCCUGCCAAGGCUGAUUCCCUAGUGGGCCAUGCUUCAAUUGUUUUGGGCACAAACGCACGGGCAGAGUCUCUCCGUGCUAAUGAGCUUCUUGGCUGGAAGCCUGUCGAGAGGAGCUUGGUCGAGGAUAUCCCGGAGACUGUCAAAUCAGAGGCGGAAAGGCUGGGAACGGCAAAGCUGUGAAUAUGUGCGAGUAUACCAAUUUGAGCAUGCAGCGCGAUAAUCGGACAUGUUGUUCAUUUUCUUUCUAGCGUGGGAUACGGAGGAUUUGCACAGAUAUCGGCAUCUUCAUUUACCAAAUAUUUACCAAACAAUAUAGAAGAGUCCCUUUACAUCUUUUAAAUAGAUUAGCAUCUGGCUCAUGAACUUGGUUUAUUUCUUCCGUUCAGUGACUAUAGAUGAUCCGGCCCCAGAGGAUGUGUUUUAGAUAUAACCAUGAGAUUUUCCAUGCUUGCACUCGCAAUUACUUGAUUAUUCUUUUUCAGUCCGACAAAUUAAGCCUCAAUGGCAAUCUCAAUACCAGC